GCCGAGGUUCGGUUCAAUUGUCAAAUUGACACUUUGCCACGGUUGACAAUCGAACCAUGUCGGAGAAUAAACGCAACAGAAAAUCCAAUCAAAAUAAGGAGCCAAAGCGGCCGAUAAUUUUGGCAAAGAAAAGUGAUAAAGAUGACAAAUCCGUACCGGACAAACCGCGAAUAUUGCUCAAACCGAAAGAAACACCGGAGCAUAGUAGAAAUACACCUCCAACAACAACAACGACAACAACACAAAUAAGUAUUGCAUCGCGACCAAUACCUGACCAUCGAGCAAGUUAUGUUGAUACAAUUAAAGCCAGUCGAUUACAACCGACACCACCAACAACUAAAGAUAGCAAAGACACACCACCGACCGUCUCCAAUGACAGCACUGCCACCGAAAACAUAUUGUCAUCGAUGAAGAAACCGUUUUCCAUCAUUUCGGAUCAUUAUCAAAUUCAGAAUCAUGCACAAGACUUUUUGAUUGAAACCAAUUCGGAUUUUAGCGUUGUUGGUGUGAUUGGGACACAAGGCUCGGGCAAAUCAUUCAUUUUAAAUAUGCUGAUCGAUGAUGUGACUGAUUUUGAUGACGUUGCUUAUGUGGAUAAAUUGAUAACAGGUCAAACGGGUGUAUUUCGAAUGAGAAAUCAAUUGAAAGAACGACUGUCAAACAUGAACUGCACCGAGGGUAUUCAAAUGUAUAUAACACGCCAUCGUACGAUUCUACUCGAUUGCUCUCCGUUGCUGUGUAAUCCAUACAAAAAAGAAGCCAUUCUCAACGAAUUGGAUGACCUGAAAAUGCUCAUUUUUCUAUUGAACGUGUGCAAUACACUGAUCGUAGUCGAGGAUUGUGGCUUUAAUUUACAUUUGAUGCGAUUGCUAUUGAAUGCCGAAAGUAUGAUAGUUGACAUCUAUGAGAAUGAUCUGAACGAACGAAGACAUUCACCGAAUAUUUUGCUGUUUAAAAAUAAAUGCCAAAAUCGGGAUUUUCUUGUCGAAGCCAAACAUCGCACCAAGCAGUUGUAUCGCACAUUUUUCCAGUGCAGCGGCCUGAAAAUGCUACGGUCAAACCGAAGCCCUGUGAAACAAUUGAUGGGCGAUGAUGAUGAUGAAAUGGAUAUUUUCUAUUUUCCCUGGAUUGAUGGAAAUGACAAAAACCAUUACCAACCGCAUCCGGACAUAGAAAUGCUAGUGGCCGAGUUUCGUCAGCGAAUUUUCAUGACCCCACAUACACCAUUCCCCGUUCCAAAUCAACAAACCACUGCAUUCACCGAGAAAAAUUGGUUCCAUUUAGCGCUUGCCGUGUGGGAAUCACAUAAAACCAGCUAUUUCUUGCGAAAAUACGAGUCACUCAAAGAAAAGGAAUGGGCAUUGAGAGUUUAACAUAAUUUUAUUUAGUUUUUUUUUUUUUCAAGCGAAUCGAUUAGAAAUUGAAAAGAAAAGAAAGAAUAAGAUAAACGAUGAACAUUGAAUCAUUUUGAAUGAUAAAAACAACCACAAAGUGAAAAGUAAAUUUACUCAAUUACAUCCA